AGAAGCGUUCCAUUAUUCCGAUCAGUUCUGGUCUGAACGCCGAUUUAGCCAAAUAUACCUAGCAGAACUCGUGCUCAUUCUUCCACUGACCACCAUGUCUGGACGUCGUUUGGUCCAAGUUUUAUUCCUCGUAGCCCUCCUCGGACUGACGCUGGUGCCUUUUAGCCAGGCACGCCCUGGACGUGGACGCAAACGGGCUUUUGGCGUGGGCAUGUUGGGUGGCGUCCUGGCGGGUGGCAUGAUUGGCCAUGCGGUUGCCAAAAGCCAAUCGCCAGCUGCAGCCCCAGCACCAGCUCCUGUGGCCCAGGUCCACCAUUACUAUCCAGCGGGCGCACCAGCAGCUCCAGUCCAAAUAGUCAUGCAGACCACACCCGAUCCCAGGAAGUUGACGGUAAUCGAAACGGGUCAGCCCGAUGCCAAUGGCUGCUACAAGCAGACUAUCAGAGAGCCCAAUCCAGGCCACCCGAAAACCUACACCGAAACGGAGCAUCUGAUCUGCCCCACCCUGACACAAGCCCAUCAGCCGGCUCCUGCCAUUGCCAUGUCGCCGAGUGCGGCAUUUGUUCCGGUGAUGCCACAACCUUCACCCGUUAUUCCCAUCCCAGCGGCUACGGCUGCUCCUGCUCCUCCUCCAGCACCUGCUGCCGGCUGGGUUGUACCCACGGCUCCGGUCGCUAGCAAUUCCUCCAAUUCUUCGUCGGUUAUUCCUGCUCUUCCAGCACAUCCUGGUCACAAUGGAGCUGCACAUGUGGCAGCCCCUGCUCCUGUUAUUGCCCAACCGACCUCCCAGCAGACGGCACAGCCUAUUCCAGCCCCUGGCCAAACGCCCCACGUGAUUGUGCUCUCGAAGAAAACCGUCUACUAUCCGAAAAAGAAAUCAUCGGCCGCAUCGCUGAUGAUUCCCCAGGGAAUUCUUGUCAUUAUCGCGAUAUUCUAUAGCUAUAAGGCUUUCUGAAUUAACCUGUUGCUUAACAUUAAACCAUAACCUUAGCGUUGAACUCUUGAACAAUAAAUAAUAAUAAUAAU